GAUUCGCGACGGGAAGGCCUGUAAUAAGUAUCGUCAUGGGUGUGCCGUUUUAAAGUCCGCCAGUACUUUUGUAUUUAUCAUAAUAAAGAUAUUUUAUACUUUUUUGUUGCCUUUAAUCUAUGAAUUCCACAAGUGGAAUCUAUCUUCAUAAAUAUGGACGCCAAUAGCAGAGGAGCUCAGAUGAUGUCUUGGGAUACAACUCAAGUUUUUAAUUUUUUAACAAACCAAAAUAUUAGCUCUAAAAAUGCAUCUAUCCUUAAAGACUUUGAACUUAAUGGAACACAUCUGUCAACUUUCACUUUACGUGACUUCAUAGAGUUAGAAACAAAUAUUCCUCGGGCAGAUCUUAUAAAUAUCAGAAAUAUCAGAGAUAAAUAUCUUAGUGGAGGGUUAGUCACUAAGAACAAGGAACGUCAAGUUCCUAGAAAGUUUGGAGAACCUGUUUCAUCUGACUUGAAGUACAAACUGGGAUCAAUUUUGCCUCCUGAAAAUACAAAUUAUUCAAAUGAAGAACCUAUUAGAGAGUUUAAAGAAUUCUCUUUAGGUAAAUUGAAAGAAAUGAAGGAGCAACUGACGGAAUUAAAGAAAAUGAUGGAUACAAUUACAUCAGAAGUUACCUGCAUUACGAAUCGUAGUUGUCCGCCUUAA